CAAAUCAUCCAAUGAAUAUCUAGAAUACUUACAGAAUUGUAUAGACUGUAAUGAAGAACACGCUCCUUGGCCUGAAGAUGAAUUAAGACAAAAAGAAUUAUUCGAUUUUUUAGUAAAGACAGUUGGUACUGAAUUAGAUAUACGGACUAGACAAAGAUUAUUUAUUAUACAGGAUAUGAUUUAUAAUGCAAUAAAUAUAACACAAAUAUCGAGUGGAAGUUUGGCAGAAGGCCUAGAUCUACCAGGAAGUGACAUAGAUAUAAUGUACGUACAAAAUAAAAUAGCUGUCGUACGGAAUGUACGGAAUACUAAAUAUGUCAAAACGAAAGUACAGGAUUAUAAACACCCGAUGCAACAUGCUAUUCUUGUUAUGGAGACAGAUAAGGAUCAUUCUGGAUUUACUAGACUGAGAUUAAUAGCCGCAGGGGAUGAAGAAACUAUCAAUGUAACACCUGAAUGUUUUGCAAAUACUACACAAGGUUUAUAUUUAUCAGUUAAUGGAUUUCUAAAUGGUAUAAAGGAAAAAACUCCACAUCUUCACUAUAUAUCACACGGCCCUUGUUUAUCAAUGACAGGUGAGAUUGACGAUAAUUUAUUCUGCUUACGAAGUAAAUAUUUACCUUACAACGCAAUUCCAUGGACAAUGCGUUAUCGAAGGCAAUGGCCCUCUAAUAUCGUGAUUGGCAAGAUUAAAAAAUACGGAUGUUUGCUAGUACCUAUAGGACCUAAGAAUGUGUCAGAUUCUGAUAUACUAUGGAGAUUGUCUUUCUCUAUGGCAGAAAAACAACUUGUGCAUUCGUUUAAUUUUACCCAACUCUUGUGUUACGGUCUUCUAAAAUUAACAUUAAAGCGUAUCGUUAACACAAACCUUGAUAUCAAAGAUUUAUUGUGUUCUUACUUUAUGAAGACGGCUUUAUUCUGGGUCUCAGAGGAAGUUGAUAUUGACACAUUUCAAAUACCUAAUUUGUUUCGUUGUUUUGUCCUCUGCUUGAAUAAAUUAAUAUCAUGGGUAAAAAACUGUUACUGUCCGAAUUAUUUCAUACCUGACCACAACAUGUUCCUAGAAAAGAUCACGCCGGAAAACAAUAAAAUGCUACUACAUGUACUGAUCAGCAUACAGUCUGACGGAAUUGAUAGAUUGAUGAGGAAUUUAUUUCCGCCUUACAAUGGACAUUAUCUUUUAUUAAAUUCAAAGAGUGAAUCUUCGUUCAUCACGUUAGAUUUCUUGUUUUACAGGAUUUGUGGGUAUUCGAAUGAGACCAACAUUGCACUGUGUUAUAAAGUAAUGACACUAACAGAAUCUUUAAUUAAGACCGAAUCUUCUUCGUUCAUUAUUGAUGUAUGUAAACAUGAAUAUGCUAGAUUCAGUCAAUUAACAGGACAACUUCUGCCAUCACCAAUUAUAAUAAACAAAAUGUACAACAUACACAAAUAUUAUCAUAAAAAUUUACAAGACGGGAUCAAGGCAGAUGCUGUUUCUGGUUGGUUGUUAUACGCAUCGUUUUAUUAUGUCACAGGACAAUACAAUGUAACACUCAAACUGACAAAUUAUGUUCUAUCAAGAUGUUCACCUGAUAUGUUGCUUUUAGUGUUUUCCUAUAGUGAAGAACGUAUAAAUAGUUAUAGACAAAAUGUACAUUCCACAUUGACAUUAUUUGAAAGAAUGAACGUGGCCGCUGUAGGAUGUGUUUUUUACUCGAAACACUCAUCAUUAAUACUAGGAGAACUACAGCUGGAGGUGAAUAAAAUUGGCAUUGAUAUACCGCCCAUUGUAAUGUCUCACUGCCUUAGAUUUUUGUGUUAUCAUCAUCUUGGUAAUAAUUUCAAUAGACAACAGGCUUUAUGUGAUUUAAACUCAACAGUGAAAGAAUACUGGGCUAAAGGAUAUACCAGAUCAUCUGAUUUAUUAACAAUACUUGGAGUAUGUAUGCAGUUGUCAGGCGAUAAGAAAUUAGCGUUUGAGUGUUUUCAAAAUGCGUUACAGUGUGAUGUUAUGAUAUGUCCUUCAGCAAAAAUUAGGCUAUCAAACCUUUUCGACGUGUAAUAUAAGUUUCAUCGUAGUAUCGACAAAGUCUUAUCGAAAUUUCACUAUGAAACGGUUGUUCUUAUAAAUAAUGACUUAAUAGAAGAAUUUAUUGAUAAAUUGGAUAUCAAUUAUGUUCAUGCUUUAUAUUGAUGUACACUUUUCCAUACUGUAACUUGAUUAUAAUAUAUGCAAUACAU